UAUGGAAAAUUCAAAUCAAAUCAAAACCAAAGUCUCUUGGUCACAAUUGCAAGGUCGCACUUUCUGAAAGAUGAUCUAGAUUGUUCAUCCAGCUGUAUUGGGGAUACCAAGUGUUUGUCAUAUAACAUAGCCAAAUCUCCAGACUCUAAUGGCAUCUAUAUAUGUGAGGUGUUGGCCACAGACAUGUACAGAGCUAAAGACAGACUUCGAGCGAAUUCUAGCUUCCAUCAUUUUAGCCCAAUGGUGAGUAGUAACACGAUAAGGCGUCGCUCAGAACAGUUUAGUUUUGUGUAGUCGACGUUCUUUUCAUGCUUUCGUGUUAGCUUUCGAGGAACAGUGAGAGUGCGUAAAAUUAUUUUUCCUCUCAAGUUCCACAUAAGUAAUAGACAGAGAAGUGGCUAAAAUUUAUCAUUUGGAUAAAUUUUCCUUUUUAUCUUGCCAAUGCUAUCGACAUCAAAGCCAAUGUCCUUAUCUGAUGCUAAAAAGGGUUAAAAGGUAGAGAGCAUAUUUUGCUCUUAGAUAAGGUCAGGAUGUACUCGGGCGACACACCAGGAAUUCUGAGAAGUACUCCCCACAAAGGUCAAAGACCAUUGACUCAAACCAUUUUUUUGUUCAAUGAAACCAAGGUUUUAAUGAAAAAUUGCUCUAUUUAAGGAACUUUGGCUUUGUGGAUGCAUUCAGGCGUACAGUUUCGUUUCAUUGACUGGAUAUAUAUGCAUUCUCUGGUUACACAACAUAUCAUGGAGCUGAAAAUUGUGUUUAACAACUGAAUAAAUAAUUAAUCAUUUACCUCUCAUUUCUAUGCUUGGAAACGAGAAACGAGACUUCAAAGAGGCUGUUUGAAUAUUUUUUUUAAUGAUACAGUCGCCAUGUGAGAGCUCGCCUUGUCAGAAUAACGGAACAUGUAUUCCUGACUAUUUGGGGAAUUCUUAUUCCUGCACUUGUAUGUCAUAUUUCAAUGGAACGUACUGUGAA